AGCCAGGUGAUAAGACAGUGUUGGAGAUCUGCCGUCAGUGUAGCCGUCUCUCUCGCUCACUCUGCCCUUUGUAGGUUAUUUCAGUCUUGUGCUAUUUUGGAAGCUCUGUACCUAGAUCUACCUAGCCCUCCAUGUCUAAAGUAUAAGGCAGAGGUUUGAAAGAGGCGUCAUAACAUGUUGGAGUUGCAGUGAUGGCUGUGAUUAUAUUCUAGUGCGUGAGGUAUUGCUCUUGUCUCAUCAUGUGUGACAACAAAGGUGAUGGUCGAGUUGAGGCAGUCAGAUAUGAUAGUUGCAUGGAUCACCAUGUGACCACUACACUGUGUGGCGCCAACAUAGAGCGCCAUAUAGAAGCUGCAAUACGUGGAAGCAACAUUCAGUGCCAUGUAGAAUCUUCAGCAAUAUGUGGUGGAAACAUACAGCGCCACAUCGAGUCAGCUAUGUGUGGUGCCAACAUUGAACACCUCAUGGAGUCACCAAUGUGUGGGAGGGGCAACAUGGAACAUCUCCUGGAGUCACCAGAAAUGUGUGGGGAUAAUGUGGAACUCCACAUGGAGUCACCAGUGAUCUGUGGAAACAUACAGCGUCAUAUUGAGUCCACGAGGACCAGUGGUAACUUUGAGCGCCACAUGGAGUCGUCACUAUGUGGUGGUAAUUUAGGGCGCCACCUGGGCCCGCCAAUACGUGGUGGCAGCAUAGAAUGCCAUCUUGAAUCUGCUGUUUGUGGCGGUAACAUUGAGCAAUACAUGGAUUCGCCACUAUGUGGUGCUAAUGUUGAGCGUAGUGUUGAAUCUGUAGUUUAUCCUGGUAACAGUGAACACCACAUGGAGUCACCAAUCUGUUGUCGUAAGGCAGACAUUGGCUCGCUGAUAGGCAGUGGUAAAAUAGAGCGCCACAUGGAGUGUGCAAGGGGAAGUGGAAACACAGAUCACAACAUGGAACCUCCUAUUUGUAGUGGUAACAGUGAACGUCACAGGGAAUCACCAAUACGUGGUGGGAACAUUAAGCGUUAUAUGGAGUCAGCUCGGUGCAGUGGUAGUAUGGAGUCGCCAAUGUGCAGUGGUAAGAUAGAGCACCAGAUAGAGUCGCCAAUGUGCAGUGGUAAGAUAGAGCAUGACAUAGAGUCGCCAAUGUGCAGUGUUAAUAUGGAGUCACCAAUGUGCAGUGGUAAGAUAGAGCACAACAUAGAGUCGCCAAUGUGUGAUGGCAACUUUGAGCGCCUUCUGGAGUCAGCAAUGUGGGGUGGUAGCAUGGAGCCAGGUGGUAGUAACAUGGAGCACUACAUGGAGCCGGCUAGGUGUGGAAAAGAUGUUGAUAAUCACUUUGGAUCUGCAUCCUGUGGAAAGAACAUUGACAAUCACAUUGAGACCUAUGACAAUAACCCAGAGCGUCGUGCAGAUUCCGACUCAGAGUAUGAAGUGUUCCACCAGUCUUACCGAGGUGAGGUGCGAUACUCCAGAAACAACCACAAGAUUGCCACCUUGAUGCAUGUAGACCGCACACUGCCCCUGUGGGCUUUUUUCGAUGUCUACGGCAAUGUACAGAAAAUUAAGUUGCUAGGUGCUACAAAUCCCUCAGGGAAUCUCCCUCGCCUCCCUCGGUCACGGUCAACAUCCAGCUACUCUGGCCUGACAGUGUCUUUACCCCCCUCAGCACAUCAGUCUAACACUGCCUCCCACCCUCCACCACGCCCACCCCCACCCACAGUGCCUCCAUCAGUGCUGCGCAGCUUCAGUGUACCCUCCCAAGCCACACCCACAUCCCCAACAGGUGCAGUGCCACCCCCACCACCAUACCCUGUGUCAAUGCCAACGUCCCCAACAUCUGGCCUUGGCGACAGCCCACCAGUGUUUGACGACACCAGUGAAUGUACAGUAUGCUAUGAAAGGCAGGUCAACUGUGUCCUGUACACAUGUGGACACAUGUGUAUGUGUUAUGAGUGUGCAAUCGCAGUCAGGAAGGACAAGGGUGGACUGUGUCCCAUCUGUCGGCAGCAGAUCAAGGACGUCAUCAAGAUAUACAGGUCUUGAUCUCAGUCAGUGAGACAGGAAUAUGUGUGCAAUGCUAAGUGUGAUGGAGAGCGUCUUUCAUUGGCUGGUGUCACUAGACCCAGGUCAGCUGUUAUGACAUAAUUGUGUGCCAUUGAUAUCUGAUGUACAUAUUGAUGUCAUUAGCACAGGUGUCAGUGUUAUUGAGUUCUAUAUGUUAACAGCUUGGUACUGACAACAGCAGCUUGUGUGUAUGUUGCUAUGCCUGGCCGCCAUGUCUUCAGCUGCAGCAACAACAUUAACAUGGUGGGAGGAACACAGAUCCCACAGUGGAUUCACUUGCAGAGAGAAACAAGGGGCAAUUUCACAUGGAGAAUAAUAUGGGGGUCAACAACAUCCAGUCUUGUCAUCGGAAGGCAUUCAUCAGGAACUCAUAAGGACUGGUUGUGUGCACAUCAAUAAAUAUUUCCACCUGAAGGUAGAAAUCAUGGAAGUUACGGUGAGAACAAUGUUGUGGAGGAUGCACCUUACAUGUCUUCACAACUUUACUGAAGGAGUCUUUACGGUAUGGGCCACAGAAGAGUUAAAGCUGAAUAAGUCAACGCACCACCGAACAUGAACUGAAAUUGUGGAGGUCAGACAUUAUUUACAAACUUAGUGUUAAUGUAUGCCAUGAUUGCUAGUUAAGAUAAUCAUAUUAUGUAAGAAGUUCCAGCCAUUCUUGCUAUGAACAUCGUGAAUGGCUGUGAAUUUCAGCCGCUAUUUGAAAUGGCCCCCAUGUUUAGAUGUGCAACCGAUGCUUGUGGAUCCUGCUGGGCUGGUCUUGUAGCAAAAUGUGACCACCUCAGUAACAGUUUAUGACAAGUAGUAAUACUGUUUGUUUGUACUGUGAGUACUUCAUAUUGAACAGAGAUGAUAUAAGCACAAGGUAGAUUUAUGAGAACAGCAGAGUGUUACUUUGGUUAAAAGAUAUGCUGAAAAAAAUGUAUAUCUGCUCAGUACAACCAUGGACUUGUAUAACCUAUGGUUAUAUAGGUCCGUGGUACACCCAAUGGACAAAGGGAAAUAUAUAAUUGUAUAUAGCAUGAACCUGAUGGACAUAUUUUCAAUACAAACAUUAUUUAAGAAAUUAAGAUGCUUAUAUAGGAAAAUAUUAUUUUUUCUGAAGAACACAAUCAAGAUGGGCAGUUUGAGUAUUUUGCCCAAAGUCUUAGUGCAAUAUAUGUUACUGGUAUGAUAUUUUCAACUUAUCUAUGUCUUGACAUAAGCCACAUGCGUAAUCCUAUUAAUGUUUAGUAUAAGGUGUGAGAACAGAUGUCAGGAUUCAUUAGACUUGACAAAUAUACAUUGUUGUGAUAAAGUGAUACAUGAUGAUGAUGAUGAUGAUGAUGAUGAUUAUGAUAUUUGGGUGUUAUUAUGACAGUGUACAGGAUGGGGUGUCUGUGAAUGUUCGCGAGAAUGUAGUAUUCUGUAAAAGUAUAGCCAAAGAAAGUUUUGAGUCCCAACACUGACCAGUACUGACCUAGGCCCCAUUGCUCAGGAGUAAGAUGGCUUAAACCUGUUUCACUUUUAUAUCCUGCAAGGACACUGUCACUGAUGAAAGUAUUCUGUUCGUUCCACUUCAUAUAAAACGUUGAUGCAAACACUCUGAGCAUGUCAAAGGUUCAAUUCUUUAGAGCACAAUAUUCAAACAAUUGGUCUGUUACUUUAAAACAAUUCAAACAAACAUGAAAAUAAUAGUUUUGAUAGUAAUAAUUUUGACACGUAAAUAUUACUUAUAUUGCUCACUUGCUUAAAUAUUAGUAGUAUUAUAUUCAUAGAAUGACAUCCUAAACAUGAACAGUGUGUCAUCAUGUUGUUUCUGAUAGCAGGCCUGGUAUUCUACAUGUGUGUACACCAUGAUAAUAUUGACAUGUGGAGUUAGCACUGGUCAGUUCCCUUGCGGUCACUGAUGUCUGGACUGGAUGCAAUGGUGUAUUGUGGUGUCAUGAGAUGGUAUGGAAGGUAUAUAGUAUGUUUCUGUGAAAUACAUCAACAUGUUCCUUCUUUUCUUAUGCUAGUUCUCAUUGUGUAUUUAUGUGAGACAAACACCUGCUUGAUGUGCAUCUUGCUGUCAGCAUGUUAUAAACAUUGUCAAACAAGGGAGUUAAAGGUCUGUUGCUGUGGUAACAGACUUCUUGUUGUAGUUGUUUUCUUUGCUAUGUACUACAUUCCUAGAUUAAGGGGCAGGCUAGUCCGUGCUGUUGUUGAUAUAAUGAGUGUUAGGUGCUGAAUAGAUUAUUGUCAUUAUUGCAUGUUGAUCUUCAAAUGGUAUCAUUUUGUUCAGGUUGACUGAUUUAGAAAUCACAAUCUGACAGAGUCGCCCCUCCCCCAUCCCCCAAUUGUUUCCAUGAUUUAUGCAGUUCCGUAGAAUGAGAUACACAUGUAAUUAACAGAAACUGACAUAGACAAUUCUUAAUUUGAAUCAUGUCUUUAAAUGCCACUAUUCAUUUGCAAACUUUCCAGGAUCUAAAUCCAUCAAGCAAUACCUGAUUAGCCUGAUAACAUUGUGACACAAGGUACUACUAGCAACAUGAAGACCCGCACAGGUAGCUGUCAUUAGGUUAGAUUUCAGAACCAUGUUUACAAGCAGGGAAAGUACUGUAAUAUGACCUUGUCAAUCUCCUGCAAUGAUCAGCUGAAAUCCAUUGGUACAAAGGCAUUCACCAGUUAAUCUGGAUAUGAUCUAGUCAGGCUGAUAUGAUCUUCUUUCAGCAUUCAAAUCCUUGGUUAAUGAACACCAAACUGGAACUUCUGUCCAAGUGAAUGACUUGAAUUGGCAGUAGUCGUGUGCUGCAGUCCUGUAUGUGUGACUGACAUGGCUUCAACACUGAUCUCUGUCUUCAACUCAUCACAUUGUUUACAGUAUUCUGCUAUGGGAUUUAUGUAUGCAAUUGUGUGAUGGUGUAUAUUAUUGUUUGAACAAAUUACUGUGCAACAUCAAAACAGAAAUUGUACUCUCUCAUCUUCAACAUGUUUUAUUCUGUGUCGAUGACUGUUUUUGUUAAGGACUGCUUGUUAAAUGUUUUGUUUGACAACCAACAUUCAUUUAUGAUGACUAUGAUAUGGCAUCAGCUGUAACUGAUAUUAUCCUAAUUUUAUGAAUAAAUUAUUUCUGAGAUCUACAAAGGUUAAGGAAUAGGUUGCAGUCAUCUGUCUGCCUUCAUCACAUUCAAAGCUGCUGAUCUCAGAGGAAAAUAAUUGUGUGUUGAUUAUUCUAAGCUUAUUGUAUGCCCAUUGAAAUUAGAGAAUGUCAGAUGCUUUUCCUUGUAGCAGCAAUAAUUAUCCCUGGAAACUUGUUUAUCACAUGCUUUUUGAAAGAAGCUACUUGUACAUGAAGAAGACAGUUGACUUCACUUAUUUUGAGAAUAUUUCUUCGGAGAUACAAACUUGUGUUUGAAACAGCCAUUGAUAACAGUGCUAAAAAUAAAUCAUAAACUCAUACCCUCGUAUAUGACCAUCCAAUGUCAAAACAUCUUAGAGAAGUAUGUGUACCAAAAAUGGUAUUUGUUUCAUGCAAAUGAGCAGGAAUGCCAGUAAAGGGCAUUCACGAAGGACACACUGUUGUGUAGCCUGGUGUACAUUGUGCAGGAUUAACUAUGCAGGACACGUCCAUGUUGUGUAUUUGUCAUACAUCGCCUGAACAGUUCUAUGUCUUAGACUGCAGUCCAGUGUUGCACUGUUAACUUGUAAUCCAGAGACAAGCUAGAUUGUACAUAUACACAACUGUAUAUAUACUUGGAUUGCUGCACAUGCUGGCAAGAGUUGAUCUUCAUCAUGGAUCACAUGCAGUGUGAUGUUAUGUAACUAAUAACUAAGGUGCAAAUAAACAAGUAUUAUUUCCUAA